GUUGAUGACGCGAUCAUCACGAGCCACAAAAAAAAAAAAACAACAACACCAGAACAAAGCUUUUGUAGGCGGACAAUAUAAUGAAUAUGGUUCUUUUGUGGCUUUUUAAACCUCUGGGUUUUGAUGUGUUGCUUUACGUGGUCUUAUGUCUUCGGAUAUAGGGACGUUUAAAAAACGACCAACUUAUGUAUUCAGCUUUAAUGUUGUACCCCUUUGUCUCUUUGUCUGCUAACGUUAGCUUUUAGCGGCGUAGCUUUCUAUUGACGGGGGACAGGGGACGGGGGGGGGGGACCUCCUUUGACCCAACAGGUAAACGGUGAGAGGUGACUGUCUCUCACAGAACGCUGGCGUUAAACGCAACGCGGGUGUCCGAAUGAGUCCGUUGGUUAUGACAGAAGCCAGAACGUGAGUGACAGGAGACAUGACGGACGCAAAUACCGACGAGUCACUCAUUAACUGAAUAGAUGAGCGCGCCACAGGUGCACGUUUAUUUUGUUUCAACGGGGAAAACGUCGAAAAAGUGGCUCAUUGGUCACUGACUGCGACUAAAGCUUGUUUGCAGGCGGGACGUCUUCGACUCGUUGACCUUUGAACUGUCCCCACGUGAUACCAAGUUGAGUUUAUUUCACUUUACCCUUUCAAACCGAACAGCAAUUCCAUCGGCCACAUACCAACCGAUGAAAUUCCCAGAAAAUAGAUGUUUAUGGAAAUCCAGACCACAAGACCGCCUGACCUCCACCAAUGUCCACCGACAUCGUUUCGUCACCUCGCGUCAUGUCGCCGCGGAAGAGACCCCUGGUCCCCGUGAGCCGCCGGCGGAAAGCGGCAGACAGCCACUUCCCUUUCAACCAUCUGCCCAUUGAGUGCCAGCUGCACGUCCUGUGCUUCCUGAACGAGGUGGACAAAUGCAGCUGCGCCCUGGUUUGCUCGAGCUGGAGCCGCCUCGUCCGCUCGUGGAAGCUGUGGCGGGUGGCGGACUAUUCCCGCCGCGGGGUCUUCCACCUGGCCCAGCAGGGGCUGCUGGUCUCCAACCGCGAGUUUGAGAGGUGGAAGGCCUGGGUGCACCACUACACCCAUCACCUCAUCUCACGGAGGGCCAGCCUGCUCACGCUGAAGGCCAGCUUCGACCUCGGGGAUCGCUGCAACAAGUGGUGCGAGCUGUUGAGCCGCCUGCUGGACAACGUCCAGUGCAGAGACCUCAGCCACCUGGACCUCAACUGGACGUUUACUCUGCUGGAGCCGCUGGACCUCCGGGUCCACGCCAGCUCCAGUUCGCACCAGGACUACGUUACAAAGAUGGACCAGGUGACCAGUUUCCAGGGGCUGCUGACCAAACUCACCCUCCGCUGCCCGCGCGUCUCCAAGAUGCGGCUGCACUUCGACUGGUCGGACGAGUCCGUGUCGCUGCUCACCCGGUUCCAGCAGCUGCGGGUCCUCGAGCUCAAAUACUUCUGGGUGUUUAAAGGGGUGACCCCGACGACGCUGCAGUCCCUCGCCAAGUCCCUGCCCAACCUGAGGUCGCUGACUUUGCAGAUCCUGGUGCCGCUCAGGAACCUGGGCGUCUCGUACACCCUGGAGUCCCCGUCGCUGGAGUUCCUGGACGUGUCGCCCAGCCGGGGCCUGGUCUUCUCCCGUCUGCAACUGCCGGCCCUGCGCGAGCUCCGUGCCACGAGGAUUGUCCGCGGCAUCACUCUGGACCGCAGGACCAGGCUGAGGAUCCAGAGCCGGUGGCCCUGCCUGUACCGCGUCCUCCAGGAGGGGACGCCCAAGCUCCAGGCCCUCAACAGCGAGCGGCUGCUCCCCACGUGGAGGGAGGGCGGCUACGGGGAGCUGUCGGCCAUCCUGGAGCAGUCGUGUUACUGCAUCCAGCAUCAGGACAGCUGGCUGUGGUAGACGGCGCUAAGACUUGAACUGAGGAUCAUUCCAUCGCCGCGGUCCUGAGGACGGAUGGCAAAUAAGUUUGUCCCCGCCUGACUGAGCGUGUUCCCACGGGGACGAAAAAAAGUGAAAUGAAAAGGAUGCAUGUUUUCUUUUUUUUUUCCAUUCUGUUUUUCUUUACAACAGCAGAGGUGCUACGUGCUGAUUGCACCGUGUCGUGCUGACGUGGACACAUUUCCACCAGACGUCUCUACGCUACGAAAAGACAACAACAAAAAACACUUACCCGAGUCAAGUGACUCCCGUGUCCGGUGUAAUGGCACCUGGAGCUGUGGAUGUUGCAUUUUAAACAAGUUUAUUAUUCUUUACCAACGCCUACACGUAACUAACUUACUUGUAUCAGAUCGGUAUUGGCAGAUACACAAGUUUUAGUAUCAGACUGGGUAUUAAGAAGGUGUACGCAGGAGCCGCCUCUGGUUCUCCUCUUCUGUUUUUUAAUCUGCAGAGGUCCUUGUUGUCAAACAUUUGCCCUUCCAAGGUCCUCCAACAGAAACUGUGCAUUAGUGACCCAUUACAGAGAUUCUGAUCAUUUCAGUCAAGACGCUCGUGUGUCUCAGAACGCAUUAAUGUAUAUGUGAGAUUUUGCUGAUGAUGUAUAUUUUUUUGAGUGUGCAGGAUUUCACUUCUUCAUAAACAACUGUGUUCCAUCUUAA